ACCAAUCAAAACUCAAGAAAACAUUCACCCCGAAUGUCUAAACAGGAAGACGGCCGACCAUUGCGAAAGAGUACGAGAAGUAAUAUUUCGAAAGGCAGUUUUCAACAGCAAAGAUGGGGUUCGAGACGUGUGGUCCGAACGAAGUUAUGGUCGUUUCAGGAUGUUGUCAUUCGGGGUCAACAUUUAUUCCUGGUGGCCGAGUGUUUGUGUGGCCCGUCAUCCAGAAAUUACAAAAACUUUCUCUAAAUACAAUGACCCUGCAGAUUGAAAGUCCUAAUGUGUAUACACAGCUUGGUGUGGCCGUUUCAGUAACAGGGAUUGCCCAGGUGAAGAUUCAAGGCUCAAGCAAAGAGAUGCUGGAAUCGGCUUGUGAAUUGUUUUUGGGUAAAACGAAUCACGACAUUGAGCGGGUGGCCUUGGAGACACUUGAAGGUCAUCAGAGAGCCAUUAUGGGAAAUAUGACAGUAGAGGAAAUCUACAAGGAUCGUAAGAAGUUUUCGAAGGCGGUGUUCGAGGUGGCGUCCUCUGAUCUGGUCAACAUGGGCAUCUGCGUGGUGUCCUACACCCUCAAGGACAUUAGAGACGACAAGGUUGGAAACACGUCGACGGAAUCACAUGGCUACCUGAAAUACCUGGGUAUGGCCCAGACUGCUACGGUCAAGAGAGAUGCCCGCAUGGGAGAGGCGGAGGCUAGAAUGGAGGCAGGAAUCAGGGAAGCUAAUGCAGAGGAGAAGAGAUUGGCUGCCAGGUAUUCCACUGAUAUCGACAUUGCAAAAUCACAGAGAGAUUUCGAGCUGAAGAAGGCUGCAUACGACAUGGAAAUCCACACCAAGAAAGCCCAGUCAGACCUCGCAUACGAUCUGCAGGCUGCAAAAACCAAACAAGCAAUCAAAGAGGAAGACAUGCAGGUUAAGGUCAUUGAGAGAACCCAGCAGAUUCAGCUGCAGGAACAGGAAAUCACACGCCGUGAGAGAGAACUGGAGGCAACAGUACGCAAACCUGCCGAUGCUGAGAAGUACAGGCUAGAGAAAAUCGCCGAGGCAAACAGAACCCGAGUCAUUUUGGAGGCUGAGGCUGAAGCAGAGUCCAUCAAGGUGAAGGGAGAGGCAGAGGCCUUCGCUGUGGAGGCCAAGGCUAAGGCCGAGGCAGAACAGAUGGCCAAGAAGGCUGAUGCCUGGAAGGACUACCAGGAUGCCGCCAUGGUUGACAUGAUCUUGGAAACAUUGCCAAAGAUCGCUGCCGAGAUCUCCGCCCCGCUGUGCCAGACCAGCAAGAUCACCAUGGUGUCAAGCGGUAAGGGAGACGUGGGCGCUGCCAAGCUCUCCGGAGAGGUCCUGACCCUGAUGGAGAAGAUGCCACAUGUGGUGGAGAACCUGACCGGAAUCAACAUCACCAAGAACAUCAAGGCUGCAACAAGAAGAUAAGAGGCUGGACUGGAUGAAGAAGUCCGCGCCAUUGUAGAAAGGCCUACAAACCUGUUGUAUUACAUCUCCAUCAAGACAUCUAGACACGAGUUGAUGUGUGUAGAUUUAGGACAUUAUCUCCCCUGAUUUAAUCCUUAUGUAACUUUUGAAGUAAAUGAUAUAUCACCAUCCAUACGCUGAAUAAUCUUUGAUAUCAUUAUGAAUACUGGUAGUUAUCUUGGUUAUAAGAUACUGUACAAAAUAAAGUUAAUUAAAAAAUAAUAAUUUGUUGGGCUGUAAUGAAAUGUUGGCAGCUUGCGUAUAUAUAUAGGUACAUGUUUCUUCGUGUACGUGUAUAUGUAAAUAAAUACUUUAUAUUUAAUACUAUUAUCUAUGUUGUGUACUUUCAUAUCAGUGUAACUUUUCAUAUAGCAUCAUCAAGCACACAAAGAAAAUGUCAUCUAGUCAGAUGAAACGGAUUCAAAAAUGUAAAAAGUGUGGCAAUGUAGUGUCCUAUUGAUCCAAAAUUACCGGUAGAGGAAAUGUGACUGUAAUGUCCUUUCUCAUUAACUGUGUGCAGCAUAUAUGAUGCAACAUUUGCGUAUUCUAUUUCGACAGGAAACUUUUUGAGUGACUGCUUUUAAACAAUCAGAAAUACUUUUUAUGACCAUCAAGUUUGUAUAUUAAUCACAGAUUACAUUCAGAUAUUUUUAAAUUUUUGAGUUUGUUUUAUAAAAUCUGAGUUGUUUUAUUACUACGCUUCAUCAUAUGUAAUGACCAAUAGAAAUGCGUUCUUGAUAGAAAUUUGGUUUUUUUUUUUUAAAGAUUUGUGUUUUUUCACAAUUUUAACAGGUUGAGAACUUUGCCUUAUUUGAAAUGCUCAAUGUAUUACUGUACCUCCUUAUGACUAUUACAGGUUGAUUUUUUAAAAUUUCAAUUGAAUGUAAAAAAAAUAAAAACCAGUAAAGUAUCUUAUACAUUAUACAGUGUAGAUUGCAUGCAGUUUGUAGUGUCAAUGUUUGUUCCGUCGAUGCAUCUUUUUAAAAAAUGUGGGGUCAUGAUUAACCACUCAUCAAUUAACAAAAACUUCAGGUAUACUCAUUUUAAGAAUAACUUGUUUGACCCCAUACAAACGGCAUUAUUUUUACAAUAAUGAAUUUCAAAGAAAGGACAUACCCUGAUGUUGCAAAAAUUUGAAUAUGUUAUAUAAACAGAAUUUGGUGGCUAGCCGCUAUUUUGCAUUAAACUGCUGUAUUACUGAACAAUACUGUUAGUAUGUAUUAUUAUGAUUGUUUUUGUACCUAGUACUGUACAUGUAGUAGUACAUGUUAUCAAUAAAUCCUACCAUUUUA